CCUUGUUGCCGCCUAUCUAAAUCGCUCUCAUACUUAACUGGGACACAAGAAGCCAGCCUGUCUCUGCGGUGCUAUCUUGCAGUGUAAUCCUUUGAAAACUAUGAGUUAUACAGUUGAGGAGAGAGGGAUUCCGAACUCUUUGAGUUAUCGGCUUUUUUUCAAGAAUGCAGAAGGAAAUUAUAUUUCUCCAUUCCAUGAUAUCCCCAUGUUUGCAGAUGAAACAAAGAAUAUAUUCCAUAUGGUUGUAGAGGUACCAAGAUGGACAAAUGCAAAAAUGGAGAUUGCUACUAAGGAUCCCCUUAACCCAAUUAAACAAGAUGUGAAGAAAGACAAAUUGCGCUAUGUGGCUAAUGUUUUUCCACAUAAAGGGUAUAUCUGGAAUUAUGGAGCAAUUCCACAGACAUGGGAAGACCCCGGUCAUACGGAUGAAGAAACAGGUUGCUGUGGAGAUAAUGACCCAAUUGAUGUUUGUGAAAUAGGUACCAGGGUGUGUUCUAGGGGAGAGGUGAUCAAAGUUAAAGUUUUAGGAACUUUAGCUUUAAUUGAUGAAGGAGAAACUGACUGGAAAAUAAUUGGCAUCAACAUUGAAGACCCUGAAGUAGACAAGUUUAACAAUAUUGAUGAUGUUAGAAGACUCAAGCCAGAAUAUCUUGAAGCUACAGUUGAUUGGUUCAGAAGAUACAAAGUACCAGAUGGCAAGCCAGAAAAUCAGUUUGCAUUUAAUGCAGAAUUCAAAGAUAAGGACUUUGCAGUUGACAUAAUCAAAAGGACCCAUACUUGUUGGAAUAAUCUAGUAUUACAGUCUGGCAAACCAAAAUUGAAUUGCACAAACACGUGUGUCAAAAAGAGUCCAUUUUUCUGUUCCAAAGAUGCUGCUGACUCUGUGGUCAAUGAGACUUCACCUUGUGGGGUUGCAGAUCCUCUGCCUGCAGAAGUGGAGAAGUGGCAUUUUUUAAAGAAGAAUUGAAAGAAGAUGUACAGUAGUUGCUCAUUUAUGAUUAAAUAGUGCUAUGGAAAUGUCUUAUUUAGGUUCCAAUAACUGAUAAAACAAAAUGAGAUAUAAUUGUAAAACCUUAGGCAAUUCAAAAACAAAUGUACCUGAAAUUAAUUUGUCCUUAUUUUAAAAAUAUUUAUAAGAGCUUUGUACUGAUAAUAGUGUUGUAUAUGUUAAUGUAUUUCCAGCCUAAUAAGCAGAAACUCGGGUAACAUUAAGAAAUAUUGUGCAAGCAGACAAAACAUGCCACUCCAUUUGAAUCAUGUAUAUAUGCUUGUCAUAAACUGUUAUUAAACAUAAUUUUGUGUUGGAA